AUGCCCUUCGUGCACCCAACCAUUAUCAUCUACAGCUUUUUGCAAAGUUCCAAGAUUAAUCUUCAAAACAACUUCAAUUUUGAUUUUUUUCCCCAGAGAGAUGAAAUYAACAASUUGGAAAAAAWUUUCCCAAAGAACGAAGGGCCCUGUCUUCAAGCCUUAGAUGACACCUUKAAGAAAAUUGGAGUGGAGAAACAGGCUUACCAUGGUGGGACAUUUAAUGGAAACCACACAGAMAAAUGCCUUUCAGCGAAAAAUGUUGAGCAAYUCACAUCAAUUCCAGUAAAUAUAACCAAAGAACUGUGCCCAGCAAUGACUGAUGAUGCAGAGGUAAUCGCUGAUAAGUUCCASCAGWUACUCAACUUAUACAGCCAAGUCCACAAGGMUAUAAACAGGAAUACAACACUUGGCCCCAAGGAAAUCACAGGACUUGAAAACAACAUUAAAGCAUUUAUGGCUUUGUAUCGUGGUUUCUUUCCACAUGCCACUGUGCUCCCAAAAAUGCACAUUCUUGAAGAUCAUGUGAUUGGUUGGGUGAAGAAAUACAACACUGGAUUUGGUCUGCUUGGAGAGCAAGGCAUAGAGUCCAUUCAUCACCAGUUUAAUGAGCUUCACAGAACCUAUGCAAACAUACGAAAAGGAGAAGAUCAGCUACAGUAUGUACUGAAAGAACACCACAGAAGAUGUCACCCUGCAAAUGUUACAAAAAUCCCCACUAUCAGACACAGAAAAAAAGAGAAAAAAGAAGAAUAAAAGAAGAGGAGCGAAGACAUGAAAUGCUGCUGCUCGGUUGGUGCUUUGGAAUAGAUAGCUGUCCAAAGACUUUAGGUUUGACAGCCAAGCUAAUUAUAUUUUAAUAACAGUGCUUUUGUUUCUAUUCUCAUGAAUGAAAGCUGAUACUUCAUCAYCGGCGGGUUGUGRCCAAGGAAAAUACAGCUCCAUAUUUUGUGAGUUCUCUUGACUAUAGGGAAAUUUAAUUASGUAAUAGUUGUAUAAUAAUACAGUAUAUACUAAGAGAAUCUAUCAAACUUAAUCAUAUAAUUGUUUAUUUAAUGUAAGGAAAGUCAAGACAUCACAAAGAAUAUGAAUGUCACAUGAUCAAAAUCAAUCAGAUCAAUCAAUAUUAAUGUGAAGUGUACUGUAUAUCUAUUUUUCAAUCAAUCAAAUCAAAAUAUUAUC